AUGGCUGAGGCCAUCACCUAUGCAGACCUGCGGUUUGUGAAGGCCCCUCUGAAGAACAUCUCCAACCACUUAGGACAAGACCCAGAUGCUGAUGAGGAUGGGGACAUCACCUAUGAGAACGUCCAAGUGUCCCCACCCUCGGCAGGGCUCAAAGCAGGGGUCUCGUCCCAGCAGCCAGAGGCGUACAGGAGCUCCGUGGAGUCACCAGCUGCCGGGAGGCUGCUCCCCUGUUGUGCAACACACAUCCAGUACUUCUUCCUCGGCCUGUUGGUCACCUGCCUGCUGUUCGGUGUGGCUGCCAUGUGCUUGGGAGUGCGCUAUCUGCAGGUGUCUCAGCAGCUCCAGCUGAUCAGUGAGGUUCUGGAAAACACUAACAACAGCCUGAGGCAGGAGCUGGUCUCCACGAUAUCACAGCUGAGGAUGAACGAAAAGCAGCUUCAGGAGUCCAAGAAAGAGCUGGUCCAGAGCCAGCAGGAGCAGAAGGUCUGCCAGGAGACCAAGGAGCAGCUACAUACCUGCCAGUCAGAGAGGGAGGAGUUGCAGAAGACCUUGCACAGUGUGGGGGAACAGAGGACAAACCUGGAGCAGAGGCUGAGCAGAAUACAGUGGAUAAAGAAGUUUAUCUUAUGCACCUCACCAGACAUUUGCUGUCCUGUGGGAUGGACACAGACUGAGAAUUAUUGCUUUCACAUCUCACAUUAUCGGAGAAAUUGGAGUGAUAGCAAAGAAUAUUGUACAUCUUUGUCAUCUGAGCUGGCCUCACUCAGUGACAGAAGUUAUUCACUUCUCAGUGCCAUGCACCAGGAGGCUCCUGCUAACUGA